CGCAGGCGAAGCCAGCGGCUGAUACAUAGUGAGCCAGCGCAACAUGCAUUCCCAUUCCCACGUACGAAUACGACCCGUAUAGCUGACGCGGCGUAAUACCAGAACCCGCGCGAUGUGGGAAUCGUAAUAUUAAGUUAGAAUAUUCUCAUCCUUAGAGAUAAGCACUAGUUUUUAGUCUUUUCAUUUAAAUGUAACUUUGAAUAUAAUUAUUAUAAGGAUAUUAUCGCCGACUAGUUUUCUUCCAUCCACCUCCUGCGAGCCUAAACUUUACUGGCGCAGUGACGGGGUAGGAUAAGCUGUACCUGUAGCUGUAUCGGACAACUGUGACGGAGAACAACUUAUCCUGAGAACCUACCAUUCGGAGGCCGCAGUGUAGUGGAGAAUCUAAACUUCGAUUCGUGGAAAGAAAUAGAUCGGCGAUGCGGAUCCUCCUUAUAAUCAAUCUACUUCUGCAGCCAGUGGUAAUGCAGGAGAUCCAACUUGAAAUUACAAAAUGUAUUAGGUUUUAUCAAGGUUUCGGUUGCACAUCAUUCAGUUAUAAGCUUAAGUACAAUUAAAUAUUUAGUUAGUAGGUUAACCAGUCUUUAUGGUACUGGUAAAAUUAUAUCUUUAGAUGAUAGAGAGUAUUAUGAUAUUAUAGGAUUAGGUUCGUAUUAUGUAAGAAACGAAAUAUUCAUAGUUUAUAAAUUUCCUAUAAUUUUAACCCAAGUAUAUGAUAUGUAUAAAUUAUCCAUUGUACCCAACAAGAAUCAUGAGAUCCUAAUUCCUUAUCAUCCAUUCCUGGCAAUAAGCUUGAACGAGUACAGGUACAUAGAGGCUGAAUGCCCGAAGACCAGCAAGGGUUAUCUAUGUGCCGAUAUUAGAAGCUUACAGCGUGAACCUUCGAAUCAACCAGAUUGUAUCCAACAACUUAUAACCGCCCAAAAUAGAAGUAGGUUUUGCCAUCCAGUGAAAGUAACUUUGGAAAAACCAGCGUUCGAGCAACUUGACGAACGUCACUAUACAAUGAGUUUUCCGCUGCCCACGAAAGUUCACCUAUCGUGUGGCCACGACCUGUACCGGACACUUCGAGGCAGCUACUUGGCAGUAAUUCCACAAAAUUGCUUUUUGAAAACGCCAGAGUUUAUGAUUCUCAAUAGAAACGAUCGCAUAAAAGGCCAAGCAAUUCAAGUUAUGGAUUUACCUAAAGAAGAACCCUCUGACUCAAGACCAUCUCCGCAUUAUGAAUUGAAGUCCACAAAACUGGAUCACCUACAUCAUGCAAGUGCAAAGGUUUCAUCUCAAACACCUAUCACUUUACCUCCGAGUUCGGACCACGGAAGUAUUUACCACACAACCAUACCCAUAUACACCAUAUUGGUUGGAACCUGCGGACUGAGUAUAAUCAUCAUAGUUUAUCGUAAAAUACAGCGCACGAAGACAUUGCAGAUAAGAAGCACAGCCGAAAUUCAGAGUUCUUCAUCCGAUGACCUCCCGGCGCAAUUCACAGCCAAGGUGUUCCAUAAGCGCCGAUCUGAUGGGGGAGGUGUUACGCAGGCGAAGCCAGCGGCUGAUACAUAGUGAGCCAGCGCAACAUGCAUUCCCAUUCCCACGUACGAAUACGACCCGUAUAGCUGACGCGGCGUAAUACCAGAACCCGCGCGAUGUGGGAAUCGUAAUAUUAAGUUAGAAUAUUCUCAUCCUUAGAGAUAAGCACUAGUUUUUAGUCUUUUCAUUUAAAUGUAACUUUGAAUAUAAUUAUUAUAAGGAUAUUAUC